GCUCUAGUGCUCUCACCCCCUUCCCUUUAAAUUCUUCCCUCUCUUAUUUCACACUCCCAUUUUCUCUCUCCUCCAAAAAUGGACCUCUUCUUCACACUCACACUCUCCCUAUCCUUUACCCUCCUCUCCAUCCUCCUCAUUACCCUCCGCCGUAGGCGGCCCCACACCCUCCCCCCAGGCCAAACGGGUCUCCCCUUUAUCGGGGAGACCCUUCAACUCAUCUCGGCCUACAAAACCGAAAACCCCGAACCGUUCAUCGAUGAUCGAGUGAGACGGUUCGGGCCCAUUUUCACAACCCAUGUGUUCGGUGAACCCACAGUGUUCAGCGUGGACCCGGAUGUGAACCGUUUCAUACUCCAAAAUGAAGGAAAGUUGUUCGAGUGUAGUUACCCGGGUUCGAUCUCGAAUCUAUUAGGAAAAUACUCGUUACUCUUAAUGAAAGGGAGUUUGCAUAAAAGGAUGCAUUCUCUUACUAUGAGUUAUACAAAUUCUGCUAUCAUUCGCGAUCAUCUUUUACUAGAUAUUGAUCGCUUGAUUAGCUCUAAUUUGGACUCUUGGCCCGCCAAAGUCUUGCUUAUGGAGGAAGCCAAGAAGAUUACAUUUGCAUUAACAAUGAAGCAGCUACUAAGCUUUGAUCCUGGUGAAUGGACAGAGAGUCUUAGAAAAGAAUACCUUCUUGUCAUUGAUGGCUUCUUCAGCAUUCCCGUGCCUUUCUUCUCCACCGCAUAUAAUCGAGCUAUUAAAGCUAGGACAAAAGUGGCGGAGGCGUUAGGCUUAGUGGUAAGAGAGAGGAGAAAAGCGAAGGAGUUAGGAGAAAGAAAGAACGACAUGUUAGGGGCAAUGCUCGACGAGGAGGCCGGUGGUGGACUUUCCGACGAGAUGAUAGUAGAUUUCCUAGUGUCAUUGUUGGUGGCUGGCUAUGAGACCACCUCUACAACUAUGACUAUAGCAGUCAAAUAUUUAACUGAGACUCCUCUUGCUCUUACUCAACUCAAGGAAGAACAUGAAAAGAUAAGAGCUCGGAAGGGUGAAGAUGAGCCAUUAUUGUGGACAGAUUGCAAAUCAAUGCCUUUCACUCAAUGUGUCGUAAAUGAGACUUUGCGAAUUGCGAAUAUCAUAGGGGGCAUAUUUAGACGUACUACAUCAGAUGUUCACGUUAGUGGCUACACAAUACCUAAGGGGUUUAAAGUGUUUGCGGCAUUUAGAGGCGUACAUAUGAAUGAUGAAUACUUUAAGGAUGCUCGAAAAUUCAACCCAUGGAGAUGGCAGAACGAUACAGGAUCGUGCCCAUCAAGUGCAUACGCAUUCACUCCAUUUGGUGGAGGUCCAAGGUUGUGCCCUGGAUACGAGCUUUCUAGGGUAUCAAUCUCCGUCUUCCUUCACCACCUUGUCACGAAAUAUAGUUGGGAGGCUGCAGAGCAGGAUAAGUUGGUGUACUUUCCCACAACACGAACACAAAAGCGGUACCCCAUUUACGUGCAUCGUCGAAAUCCAGCAAUGUAAAGAAGAAAAGCGAUGGAGAAGCGAGUUUAGAGUAUAGGAGAGCUGUAAAGAAGGUCGAAGAAAGAAAACGAAGCGUACAUGUUGAAUCCAAAUAAGAUAAAAAUAGAUGAGGAGAGGUGAAUUGGUUAAUAUCAAUGAGAUUAAGCUGCUCAACUUGUUCAGAAAGUGAAAUGAGCAGAGUUACUCUUAAUUCUUUUGGUCACUUAAUUUAUGUCCAACAGUAGUAAACAUUCAAAAAUUUACACCAUUGUACAUGUUCUUUACCAAUGUCAUUAGUUAGGCCUAAUUUCUUCUUUGUGGUAACUCUCAUCUUCCUAAUUUGUUAUUCAUUAUUUCUUAUACA